AUGACCUGCUAUUCUGAAACUCUUCUUUCUGUGUUGCCUUGCAGAGCAGUGGUAGAGGCCGUUCAUCGAUUGGAUCUCAUCCUCGGUAAUAAGGCCGCGUAUCAAGAAGUGUUCAAGCCAGAGAACAUCAGCUUGAGGAACAAGCUGCGGGAGCUGUGUGUGAAGCUGAUGUUCUUGCAUCCAGUGGAUUAUGGAAGAAAAGCAGAAGAACUGCUCUGGAGAAAAGUUUACUAUGAAGUUAUCCAGCUCAUUAAAACAAAUAAAAAGCACAUUCACAGCCGUAGCACUCUGGAGUGCGCGUACCGGACUCACUUGGUUGCUGGCAUAGGAUUUUACCAGCACCUUCUCCUCUACAUUCAGUCUCACUAUCAGCUGGAGCUGCAGUGCUGUAUUGACUGGACGCACGUCACGGACCCUCUCAUAGGCUGCAAGAAACCCGUGUCUGCAUCGGAGAAGGAGAUGGAGUGGGCACAGAUGGCAUGUCACAGAUGUCUGGUUUAUCUGGGAGAUCUAGCUCGCUAUCAGAAUGAACUGUCAGGUGUGGACACAGAGUUGCUGGCUGAGCGGUUUUACUAUCAAGCCCUUUCUGUUGCACCACAAAUUGGCAUGCCCUUUAACCAGCUGGGGACGUUGGCAGGGAGCAAAUACUACAAUGUGGAGGCUACCUAUUGCUACUUACGCUGCAUCCAGUCUGAAGUGUCCUUUGAAGGUGCCUAUGGGAACCUGAAGCGGCUGUAUGACAAAGCAGCCAAAAUGUAUCAUCAGUUGAAGAAAUGUGAAAUCAGAAAGUUGUCUCCCAGCAAGAAACGAGGCAAAGACAUUAAAAGGUUGCUGGUGAGCUUUAUGUACCUGCAGAGUCUUUUGCAGCCAAAGAGCAGCUCUCUGGAUUCUGAGCUGACAUCUCUCUGCCAGUCUGUGCUGGAGGAUUUCAACCUGUGCUUGUUCUACCUGCCCUCUCCUCCUAAUCUGAGCUCAACUAGUGAAGAUGAAGAAGAGUAUGAGAGUGGCUACUCCUUCCUUCCUGAUCUCCUGAUCUUUCGCAUGGUGAUCAUCUGCCUUAUGAGUGUUCACAGCCUCAAGAGAGCAGGUUCAAAGCAGUACAGCGCAGCUAUCGCUUUCACGCUGGCCCUCUUCUCUCACCUGAUCAACCACGUCAAUAUUCGCCUGCAGGCAGAGCUAGAAGAAGGGGAAAAUCCAGUCCCAGCCUUUCAGAGUGAUGGCACAGAUGACCAGGAGCCACGGGAGCCAUUGAACUCGAUUGAGAAGGAAGCUGAAGCUGACUUGGCCAAUCACCAGCCCAGCGAGGAACAACGGAAGAAUGACUGCAAGAAAAGCAAGAAAUACUCCCGCCUCUCCUGUUUGCGUCGCCGCCGCCACCCCCAGAAGGUGGAUGAGAGUGACCUGAGCGAGGGCUUUGACUCUGACUCCAGCCAGGGCUCCGCAAAGGUCAGUGAUGGCUCAGAAAGUGGCUCAGAGAAGAGUGACGAGGAAGCAGAAGCUGCUUUCGAUGUGGAGACGGACUCUGACAUGAACAGCCAAGAAUCUCGGUCCGACUUGGAGGACAUGGAGGAUGAGCCGGGUGAGGAGGGAAGUGGCCGAGGCAAAAGCGGGCCCAAAGAGGCCUUAAAAAACUGUGUGGAUGGCAGUGGGCUGGGGGACUCCAAGAGCCCAAGCAUCUCUAAAAUUGAGGCUCCGGAUCCAGCAGUCAACGGGCCAGCUUCCCUGAGCACUAAUGACGCAAGCAUAGCCAGUAAUCUCCAGGCCAUGUCCACCCAGCUCUUUCAGACCAAACGCUGCUUUCGUUUGGCUCCCACUUUCAGCAACAUCCUUCUGAAACCGAACAGUGAACCACCCGUCUUGAAGGAUGGCAUAGAAAGCAAGCCAUGUGUCAACGGAGAUCUGGAGAAGCCCAGCUUGGCAGAGCAAGACGAUGUGUCCGACUCUGAGGAAAGCAUUUCAAGUAAUAAAUCCUGCAGGAAUGAGCGAUCCCUUCAGGAGAGGCUAGAGAUUGUGACCAACGAAGGGCUGCUUCUCACUGUCAAGGUGUUCCUGGACUGGCUGAGGACAAACACGGACCUCAUCAUCAUGUGUGCUCAGAGCUCUCAGAGCCUGUGGAACAGGCUGUCUGUGCUCCUGAACCUUCUGCCUUCUGCUGCAGACCUGCAGGAAUCAGGGCUGGCCCUAUGUAAUGAAGUCAAGGAUGUUCUGAGUGGCGCAGAGCUCCCAGACCUGAAAGCCAACUUGCUGCUCCCAGAAGAUGUGGCCCUGCGAAAUCUUCCCCCUCUGAAGAACGCACACAAGAGGUUUAACUUCGAGCAGGACCGGCCUAUUUUCUCAGCAAUUGAGGAGUCUGUUGUUCGGAUUUGCUGCAUUCGGAGCUUUGGCCACUUCAUUACCCACUUGCAAGGCAGCAUCCUGCAGUUCAACUCAGAGCUUGGGAUCUUCAUCAGCAUAGCACAGUCGGAGCAAGACAACUUGUUGCACCAGGCUCAAGCCCAGUUUCAUAUGGCUGCAGAGGAAGCUCGUCGGAACAGGCUAAUGAGAGAUAUGGCUCAGCUUCGACUGCAGCUGGAGGUUUCUCAGCUGGAGGGAAGUCUCCAGCAGCCCAAAGCGCAGUCAGCCAUGUCUCCUUAUCUUGUCCCGGACACCCAGGCCCUCUGCCAGCACCUGGCUGUUGUCAAGCAGCUGGCCACCAGCGGGAGGUUCAUAAUCAUCAUCCCUCGAACAGUGAUUGAUGGCUUAGACUUCCUGAAAAAGGAGAACGCAGGUGCUCGGGACAGCAUCCGGUAUCUGGAGGCAGAAUUUAAAAAGGGAAACAGGUACAUUCGUUGCCAGAAAGAUGUUGGGAAGAGCUUUGAGAGGCAUAAAUUGAAGAGACAAGAUUUAGAUGCCUGGAAUCUGUAUAAAAUACUGGACAGCUGCAAACAACUGACAGUGUCCCAAGGAAGCGGAGAGGACGACACCACAGGAAUGGUCACCAUCAUCACGGGCUUUCAGCUGGAGGACCCAAGCAUGUUCUCGGCACCCAUGCAGUCUGCCAUCCAGGCAGCCGCCCAUGCCAGCGUAGAAAUAAAAAAUGUUCUGGAGUUCUACAAGCAGUGGAAAGAGAUGGGCUGA